AUGGCACCCCUUGAUUUUGUUGCCCUUAAAGACUUGCACAAUUCAGCAAAUACCCUUCUCCAUUCUCCAUUGGUCCAACAAGCUCUUGUCCAUGAAAGGGAAGAAAAAUGGGUCAAUGACGUGUCAGAGUCAUCAAUGAGGAUGUUGGAGGUGUGUGGUAUCUCAAAAGAUGUUCUUUUGCUAGUGAAAGAGCACCUUCAAGAGCUUCAAUUCACUUUGCGUAGAGCAAGCAUUGGUGAUCCAGGAAUCGAGGAAAAAAUCUCAGCCUACAACUGCUAUAGGAAGAAAUUGAAGAAAGAGACAUUGAAGUGCUUGAAGUGGCUCAAGGGCAUGAAGGGUCAAACAGUAUCCAUGAAUAAUGGACAAAAACUAGUGUUGGUUGUGGAUGUGCUGAGAGAAGUGAGGAUGACAAGCAUAUGCAUUGUGGAAUCACUCUUGUCCCUUGUUUCCUCACCAUGGUUGGAUUCAAAGUCAGGGAAAAGGUCUUUCACAUCAAAGCUUUUGCAUGGUUAUUCAGAUGAUGUGAUCUAUGAUGCCAUGGUGCUUCAAAGUGUGCACAAAAGGCUAUCAGGGGUUCAGAUGGCGAUAGAAGAUCUUGAGGUGGAGUUGGAGUGCAUGUUCAGACGUUUGAUCCACACAAGGGUUUUGCUUCUUAACAUUCUUACCAAAUAG